AUGUCAGGCUCUUCAGCAUUACCAGACUCAAUUUUCAAGAGAUGGAAAGAAGUGACAGGACAUGCACUGCUUGAGAGAUAUGGUAUGACUGAGACUGGAAUGGUAUUAUCUAAUUUAUAUAAAGGUCAUAGAGAACCAGGUCUUGUUGGAUAUCCACUCCCUUAUAACAGUGUCAGAUUGGUUUCAAAAGAUGAGGAUAAUAAUGUUAAGAGUGAUGCCUCUGGUGAAGUUGAGGAAGGGGAAAUACAUUUGUAUGGUCCAGGCAUCUUUAAAGGUUACUGGAGGAAACCUGAAGUCACACAGAACGCAUUUACUAUAUUAAAUCAUACUUCUAAUGAUAAAGCUCAACCUGAUGGCCCAGUCCAUUGGUUUGUUACUGGAGACAUUGCUGAAUGCAGGAAUAAUGUGUUUAAGAUACUAGGGAGAGCAUCAGUAGACAUAAUAAAGAGUGGAGGCUAUAAAAUUAGUGCUCUUGAGAUAGAGAGGGUAAUACUGGAGCACUCAUUAGUAAGUGAAUGUGCUGUUAUUGGAGUACAAGAUGAAGAUUUGGGACAGAAAGUGGUGGCAAUAAUUGUACCAACAGCUGACAAUCAUGAAUUGUCUUCAGAGAUACUGAAGAAGUGGUGUGUUGAUAAAUUAGCACAAUAUAAGGUACCAAGACUAUUUAUAAUAAAGGACAAUUUAAGGAAAAAUGCUAUGGGGAAAGUAAAUAAGAAAAUCUUGUUAAAAUUCUACAAUGAUUACAACUGUAUAAAUGUAUAAUAUUAACUUCUUGAUUGU